CACCCGACCACUGCUUAGCCCCAAUGAAACUUCAGAACGUAGAGUUACAUUAGGGGACUUAACCCAGUUAUUCUAUUUUCCCGGAUAAUAAUACUAAUGCGUAACGAAAGUUCUGAAACUAACCGGUUUUGUGGAUCCAACUGUGAAAUCGAGGGUCCAACAAUACCAGAUUCGCUUUUGUGUAGAUCAACGACCAUCAAGGUUCAUACAGCCCCAUCAAGCGGUGCCUCCGUUAAUGAUGACCGCUAGGAUACUGGAAUGUAGCAAAUGAACAGGGCCUCUGAAUAUUAUGACGGAACGGUACACAGGUGAACAUGAGCCCUUGGGCAAGUUAUUUUAGAUGGUACUUUUCACCGCGAACUCAUUAAUUGGUGCCGCUUUUAUCAAAAGUGGUUUUUAAUGAUGGAUAAGCUAACGUUGGUAUCGGGCACGCUGUUUCUCAGUGCGAAUGUAUUUGCUAUCCUCAGCCUGGUUCUACCUGAGUGGAUCGUCAGUGAAGUCGGUGGUGAUACUCGUCUCGGACUGCUUCAGACAUGCCUUUCCAUCAACGGCCGACCAGGUCUCACUUGUUACCCCCCAAAGCUCCAGCCUGAAUGGAUGCUAACACUAGUUUGUAUCAUCAUUGGCUGCAUCUGCAUCACGGCUACAACGAUCCUUUUAGCCAUCUCUCAUCGAAACCUUGGGAUUGUCCACUAUGCCCGAUGGAUGGGAUUUGCAGCCAUGACAGCUAACGCUACCGCACCGGCGGGAUAUUUCACGGCCAUCCUGUUUUCACAUCUCGCUGUGUUGCCGUGCUAUAUCGCUAUGUGUUAUUCUGCAUUGCAGCUGUCGUGUUUCCCGUGGGGUUUGGCACCGAACAAAUCGGUGGAGAAGCAUACCAGUUGCCUUCCUCGCAUCAAGUCGGCAUUUCGUACAUACUGUUCAUACUUGCUCUUUGGGUGACCGUCAUUUCUGAGCUGUUUGCGGGCAAAGUGUGUAUGCCCCAUUUCUGAAAAUUUCGAUCAAACGUGGUUCAUCGCUACAACUUUUUGAAUCGCGAGAAUAGUUAUUAUAAAGUUAGGGUGGCGUCGUAAUAUUUCGCCAAAAUACUAGGUAGUUCGCUUAAACGUUGUAGAUGUUUUCCAACACUUCUAUGUGUUUAUGGAUCGCUUAUGAGUUGAUUAUAUUAGAAUUAUGAUCUGUGCACGGAAAUAACUCAAAGUAGUAUUUAAUGUAAUAAAUACCGUUUUUCAUACA